GGUCUGCUCGCGUUCGCGUUCGUCCAGUCAGUGCGUGCCAGCGGCUCGUGUCGCGCGUUUCUCGCUUCAUUUCUUCCGUCGUCGUCCUCUUCGUCGUCGUCGUCGACGCACCCGCCGCUCCGUUUUUCAUCCGCGUUUCAAACCCGUCCGCCUUGCUACCGAAGAAGAAGAAGAAGAAGAAGAAGAAGAAGAAGAAGAAGAAGAAGAAGAAUCACACGUUGUGACAUUGAAAAAGUGCCGACGACUGCCUUUUGACUACUUUGGUCUCGUUGAGUCUUGGGACCAACGUCGAAAGGACAAAGUGAAACUCGCCGAGCUGUAACGAUCACAGGAAUCAAUAAAAACCAAUCAAGAAGUUCGCCAGAAGGGCCGUCAUAUAUCUCGGCAGGCCCCGGCUCUCUUAACAACCCGGUCAUACGUUCCGAGACAAGGACAUGAUCACAGAGUGGUAACCAGCCAGAAGUAUCAUCACCGUCACGAGGAAGAUAACGACGUCGUGGUGGAUAGCUCGCGGUGCGCGUCGAAUCGAAGAUUCCAGUGGCCCUUAAUGGGCAUUCCGCGGUCGGUUCUCGGGUGGAUUUAGCGGCUAAACAAGGUUCGGAGAGAGGAACCUUGAGAUCCCCCGGCCGGACUCUAUGGGCGCUCGAGGGUGGCGCAGAGCGGCGAAUGACUCGGUGCCGCGAUAAUCCUCGUCCUUUCGUACCUCGAAGCCACGAAAAUGAUCGAGUGACCGCUCCCGGGUCUGGGAUCUUGGCGCGUUACCGGACGGCGUUUCCUUCGCUCCGUUGAUCCUUAACGAGCACGGUGAACAACAAUAAUAAUCAUAAUUGCCGGAGGGAGUCAUGACGCGGAUCGCGAGUCGCGUCUUCGUUAUCGCCGCGGCGAUCAGUGUCCUGCUGCUGGUGGUGUUCCUGGUGAUCCAAUGGACAGGUGUGUGGGCCAGCCAGGUGAACGAACCGCAGGAUUUCCAUAGGUUCGCGGAUCGAUCUACGGUCACAGAGAUUCUGUUCGACUGGGAAGACAGCGAUGAAGUGACUGCAAAGUCGGAGAAAUUACUGAGGAAGCGGAAUGGAUCUAAGAAAGGCGAAACGUUUUCCUCGAAGUCCGAUUUGGAGUACGUACAGUUGAAGAAGAUCACCGGAGAUUACGAGGUCCUCGCUGAAGUCUCAAGGGUUAGAAGUGGUCACUUUCGUCACGCAACGGGGGAGUUUUGGGACCUUCACCCUCAGUACAAGUUCACCGCAUUCGGAAGACAGUUCCACUUGCGUCUGUCUCACGACAACAGUUUCGUCUCGCCAAACAUUAAAGUUACACAUAUGACUGAAGACACUACUACGAAAGAAUACCACCCUGGCAAUGAACUUGGCUGCUUCUACAGCGGAACCGUGGAAGGUGAUCCAUCCUCUGCCGUCACUGUCAGCCUUUGCUACGGAAUGACGGGCCACGUGAGAACGUCGACGGGAACCUACGUAAUUAAACCGACGGAACCCUGGCCGAAGGAUGACAAGGAUUCUACAGAGUUCUCGUUGGAACACGCCAUCCAGAGAAUGCGGCCCCGCGCUAUGCAUCGCGAUCGUUCGAGCGACGUCGCUAGCGGAAGCAAGACGAGCCACUGUGGUCUUAUGGAUGGGGAUAACGCGGCUCCGAGUUUGGACGCGUCUGAGAAUAAAGUUUCCUUCGAUGGGCGACGCAAACGCAGAUCUCCGGCCGAGAGCCAAAGGAGGACCCUGGACGAUUCUCGGAACGAGUAUGGCCAGUUUGUCGGACAAGGCGAGGAGCAUCAAAAUUUUUUACGAAACGACGGCAGAUACUACUCCGUGGAGCAGAGGCAAAAUGAUCCGAGCGAGGAGUACGGCCAGGACUCGGAAAUGGAAUCGGAUCCCUCCGUGACUUGGAGACCACGGAGAGCGCAGGGAAGAGAAUAUUUCAUCGAAAUCAUGGUGGCGGCCGACGCCGAGAUGAUGAGGUACCACGGCGAGCAUCUGUCUAGCUACAUUUUGGGCCUGAUGAACACGGUGUCGCGGCUCUAUAAAGAACCGUCGAUUGGAAACGCUAUCAACAUCUCGGUGGUGAAAAUUAUAAGAGUCGACGCGAUGUUCGGCACCAGGCGCAACACGAGCUCCGGAAUCGCGGCGUCUGAUAUGUUGAGUAACUUCUGUCGUUGGCAGAAAGCGCAAAAUCUGAGCGAACUCAGACACGAACGUUACGACACUGCUCUUCUCUUAACCAGGGAAGAUCUGUGUUACAAUGCCGAUGAAAAGUAUUGCGACACUCUGGGAUUGGCCGAAUUGGGACGAAUGUGUGACCCGAGAUCAUCCUGCGCCAUCGUUCAGGACAAUGGCCUGGCUGCCGUUUUCACGAUCGCUCACGAAAUCGGACACGUAUUGAACAUGCCUCAUGACGAUGACGAGACGAAAUGCGCAUCCUCAAAUAGUUCCAAACUGCACAACAUUAUGUCCAGGAUGCUGGACACAUCUCCGUGGGAAUGGUCAAAAUGUUCCCGGGACUACGUCACCGAAUUUCUCGAAUCCGGACACGGACACUGUCUGCUGGACGAACCGACGAAACCCUUAGAACCGCAAGACCCGACGAGAUUCUUGGGCGAAUAUUACUCGGUAGACAGACAGUGCGAACUGGUGUACGGAAGAGGGUGGAGAAGGUGCCCUAUGAUCAAAACGGAACAUGUGUGCAAUAAACUGUGGUGCAGUACAAUGACCCUGGAAGGCCUCGGUCAAUGUCGUGAUCCGCACAUGCCGUGGGCCGACGGGACGUAUUGCGGCGAGAACAAAUGGUGUCAACGGGGCGAGUGCGUACCCCGCAAGAGGCUCAGGCCGAUCGACGGCCAGUGGGGCGAAUGGGGUCCGUACGGGAAAUGCAGCAGGACUUGCGGCGGUGGUAUCAAGAAGAAGUACCGCGAAUGCAACAGCCCGUCGCCGCAGAACUACGGGAAGUAUUGCGUCGGGGAUCGGUUCAAGUAUAAAAGUUGCGGAACCAGGGAGUGUCCGCCGGGAAGCCGCGACUUCAGAGAAGUACAGUGUUCGAGCUACAAUAACAAGAAUCUGAACUUGUCGGGCGCGCCUACGAACGCGAAAUGGUACCCUACGUACAAGCAAAUUGCGCCACACGAGCGUUGUAAAUUGAUCUGCCACGUGCACAUCAAUCAGUCUUUCACGCUGAAGGAGAAGGUGAUCGACGGAACGCCGUGCGGCAAGGACACGUUUCACAUAUGCGUGAACGGCCAGUGCAAGCCAGCGGGAUGCGAUCAUAUUUUGAACUCGACGGCGGAAAAGGAUAUCUGCGGCGUGUGCAAGGGUGACAAUUCCACCUGCGAGUGGGUCACCGGCACCUACAACUCCACGGCGGGUGGAUACAGGACGGUAACCACGAUCCCUGCGGGUAGCAGGAAUAUUGACAUCAAGCAGUACGGUUGGAUGAACAUGGAAGAUGAUCAGAAUUAUCUCGCCUUGCGUCUUGGAGAAAGUGAAAAAUACAUAUUGAAUGGGAACCAUCAGGUAAUGGCCAAAGGGGUGUUCAAAGAGGCUGGUAUUACUAUUGAAUACAGUGGGCCCACGGCUGUUGUCGAACGGGUAAAUUCUACCGAUGCUAUCAGCACUAACUUAACUUUGCAGGUACUGUCAACAGAGAUAGCUAAUCCGCCGCAAAUCACUUAUGAAUAUACAGUGCCGAGAAAGAUUUUGGACAGGUACACGUGGGUGCUAAAUGAUGACUGGACGAAUUGUAGUCUACCUUGUCAAGGGAUGACGUAUCGCAAGGCUGAGUGCAAGAGCAUCGAGCACCGACACGUCGUUUCCGAUGUUUACUGUCGAAAAUCGGAGAAGCCGCGGGAGAAAAGUGAAACUUGCCACAAUCAUUGCAUUCUCGAGUGGAACGAGAGAGUGUCGGAGUGUUCGAAUCACUGUGGCCCGGGGAUUCAAACGGUGACGUCGAGAUGCGUGCAACGGUUGUUAAUCCGUCCGUUCCAUUUAAUUCCUAUUUAUGACAUAUCGUGCGCUCAUCUGCAACGGCCGAACGACACGAGGCCGUGCACGGGUCCCUGCGAGGAUGCUCACUGGGAUUACGGGGAAUGGAGCGCCUGUGACGUUACAUGCGGCACCGGGCUUCAGUACAGAUCGGCCACUUGCGUCGAUUCAAACCGGAGAGAAGUUUCCGAGGAGAACUGCAUGCGACAGAGAAAAGAUCUGGAGAGACCAUGCGCGCAGCAUUCGUGUCCCAAAUGGGCUGUGGCGAACUGGACCGAUUGCUCGGUGACGUGCGGUAUUGGCGUGCAACGGGCGACUUUUGUCUGCCACAUAGAUCAUCGCAUUGUUUCAAACAGCUUCUGCGGCAAUCCACCUCGGGAAAUCAUCAAAUCUUGCAACGCUGGGUCUUGCGAAGAAUGGCACGCUGGUGACUGGAGCCCGUGUACAGUCAGUUGCGGCGAAGGUACAAAGCGAAGGAAAGUCAUGUGCAAGGAUGAUAACGGAUUGAGAAGCAACAGGUGUUCUGACUCCGACAAACCGGAUGAUAUUGCGGUUUGCAUAUUAAAAUCCUGUCCAACAGUAGUGAGCGAAACGCCGAUCAAAUAUUCCUCGGAUCCGCCGUAUGAGGUUCCCUCUCAACAGGACAACGAAGUUCACGAUAUAAUAUUCCGUUCCGGAUACAAGUGGCACGUGGAAUCGCGGAAGUGUUCUAGUCCGUGUCUCGAAGGGUACAUGCAGACGCCAGUUACGUGCGUUUCGAUCGAAACGGGAACCAUCGCGCCCGACGAUUAUUGCGAUAACGAGAAGAAGCCGCCUACUGAGAUUCCUUGCAAUCGCUAUCACUGUCCGAUGUGGCACGCCAGCGAAUGGGCACAGUGCAACGUGGAAUGUGGGACCGGGCAUCAGUACCGGCAAGUGAUUUGCCAAAGUCCGAACGGCGACCUACUGCAAGACGAGAAGUGUCACGAUAGCGAGAAACCGGAAAUAGUGAAGCUGUGCCGGAAGAGACCCUGCGCGCACAACAACGACCGAAGGAAUCGAUUAGAAACGAAUAUUCUACGCAAAUGGAGAACCUCUCCGUGGACUCCCUGUUCGAAAUCGUGCGGCACCGGGACGCAGAGGCGGAGGGUGGAGUGCACGAUGAGGAGGGGAAACCACGGACCGGAAGUAACCGUUAAGGACGAGCACUGCUCGAGGCUCGGGCUGAAAAAGCCGAGAGCGCAGAGGCCUUGUCGACGCUUUGCCUGCAACUAUAUUUGGCAAGAAGGAGCUUGGUCUGAGGUAUCUUCAUACCUCGCCGCUAUGAUCUAUCGAUCACGUUCGCCACUUGUUAUUCAUUUCAAUCGAGUUUGUCUCAAUUGUCUUGGAUUCAUCGAGUUUAUCGACAGAUUUACGGAAACUCAAUCGUCGCGUAGCUUCAUCGAUAGAAACUGUUAUUUAAAACAAAUUACACAGUGCAGUCACGCUUGCGGACAAAAGGGCCGAGAGACGCGGAAAGUGAUCUGUGUGAACAGGGACGGUCAGAAGGUGAGCGCCUCGCACUGUCCUAGGCAAUUUAAGCCUCAACGGAAACAGAGAUGUAACCAAAGAAAGUGUCACGCGAUGUCCUGUCUCGAGGCGAAGAAAUACUUCAACGCGUAUAAAGACGGCGAAUACAAUUUGGUCGUCGGCGGAAGGAAUAUGUCGAUUUACUGCUACAGGAUGGAAACGAACGAGCCGAAAGAGUACUUAACACUGUUGGCUGGUCAUCAAGAGAAUUAUGCAGCGAUAUAUGAUGAAACAUUGAACAACCCUUAUCUGUGUCCCCGAUCGGGAUCGAGAAACCAGAACUGCAACUGCAACAAUUCUGGGAAAACAACGUUCGGGAGGGUGCGAAUCGAUCCCGUGGAUCUAUCGGUCAUAGGGAACGAUUAUACGUUCUCGAGGACGACGGGUUCGAAUCGAGUCGAGUACGGCACGGCUGGUGACUGUAACAACGUUGCGUAUUGUCCUCAGGGUCGUUUUAGUAUUAACUUGAGCGGAACUCAAUUGAAAUUAUCGUCGAGCGUCAGUUGGACGACGACGACAUUUAGGACCUCGUCGGAAGUCCACAAAAUCAGUAAUCAGCACGUGGUCGGAAAAUGUGGAGGCUAUUGCGGCUAUUGUAAACCGAAGAACGGGUUAAAGUUAGACGUUCUACCACCCUAGUCCGUAACUUGUGGGGUUCAACAAUCUCCAAAUACCUGCCAGCUUUGGACAGGUAAAAAAUGUCAGCAACGGAUUUUGAAAUGUGUCACAAAAGACUGGUUCGACGAACACGAGAUGAAAUCACAGUAUAGAAUCUGCUACCGAAUCGCCAUCCAUUCGCUUCAAGCUUGUUUCGAAUCAUUCGCCUAAAUUGUUACUAGUCCAUGCGAUUUUUAACGAUCAUUGUAUAAUACAUUUAUAUUGAAAAAUGGAUUGCCUCCGGAAAGAACCGUGGAAAGUUUCUUCGAAGCUGUUGACGAUCUACCAACUAGGGUAAAGAAUAAUUAAUAUCGCGUUAACUGAUUAUUCAACUGUUUGCAUUUAAAAAUGUGCUACUUUUAUCACUUGAGAGUAAGAUGCUUGUAGAUGUCGAAGGUAUCGACCUUUUUUUUUUUAUACUUGACGCGUUAAUUAGGAAGAAAUGAUGUACUGUUUAAAGUUAAAUAGCGAUUAAAUAAGGAACUAAUUAGAUUUUAUAAAUCCUGCCUCGCAGGACGAACAGUCAAGCGUUAAUAAACGAACGGGUUGAACACAGAGACGCUGAUGCCUGACGGGAUGCCUGUCUGAGUAGCGAUACUUACAACUGGCAAGGAGAUAACUUCUAACAAAAGAAAAGACAAAUUCGAUAUACGCCUGAAAGCUUCUGACUUAAAGUCACAUUAAAAAAAUAUUUUUCUAUAAAAAACAUCACUCCUUAGAUGUUGUAAUACUUGGAGGUAUGUUAGGCUGUCCCGAGCUGCUCGUUCAAUCGUAACGCCUCGUGUCCAAGAGUUCCGUUUAGUUAGCGUAAGUAAUUUAAUGUCCGGUAAGAAUUGCAGUAUUCGUUUUGUGUUUAUACUCGUUGAAACAUCAUGACUGCCAAAAUGCUUGUCGAUGCGAAAGGAAGGUACGUAACGCGCAAAAUGAACGUAAAACAAACGUGGAACAAACGUUAGCACGCGACUGAAGUACAAAGUUGAUGAAACGGUCGUGAACCCGACUCAAUUUGUCGUUCUCGUAAUCGAGUCUAGGCUUGAUUUUCGACUAGGCUUGAUUUAUACUCUGCUUCUACGAGAACCGCGUAAGUAAUUGUACAACGCUAUGGUGCUAUGUGUACGUAGAUUUAUUGGAAAACGCGUCGCACCCCUUGAACUCUCUUCUUGCUAUUAAUACUGUCACUGCUGAAAGAAUAAACGUUUGUUAUCUCUGACGGAGAUCGAUGAACCUCCUCUUUUAAAUAGGGCGUAUUUUACAGAACGUUCGAAGAUACAGAAUUUCACGUCUCCGCUAAAGAGAUAUACUACGUCUACGUAAAGGUAUUAAAAUAUAUUUUAGUUUACGUUUAAUUGUUUGUGUAGAUGAUGGUUUAAGGACUGGAAUUAUAGAACCAAGUGCCGUAUUCCUGCCGUCACGAGAGUCCAUACUAGUUUCGCGCAGCUUAGUGGAGAAAAUAUGAAAGAAAGAGAGACGAGCGACCGAAAACUGCUCUUUGCGCACUAUGGACUCUCGUGACGACAGGUAUAGAAAUGAAUCUUAAGAGCUGAGACAGUAAAUAUUUCAAACUUCGUACGACUGUUUCAAGUAUAUGAGGAAUAGCAGUAAAAUACACGACUAUAGUCGGUAUUCAGAGUCGUUUAUUCUUAAGAUUAUCUUAAGUAUUUGCUAUCCCUGUCUAUCUCAUAUUUCCAGUCCCUGUACAGGAAACAGGGGCCUAAGCGGAUGCUUAGGCGAUAUAUAUCUCUAGUAACGACUCUGAAUACCGGUCUAUGAUUCGUGUAGAACCAGAAUCUCUCGAUUAACGAUGGCCUUUUAUCACUCGUAGCGUUUAAGUUUCGUGAAUGAAAGAAUGAACCUGUGUGAAAGAGACUCUUGUUUAAAACACGAAACGGUUGACCGUUUUCGCACUGCCACAUGUAAGUAUGUACAACGAAACCUCGAUUGUUCGACCUAAUUCUGGUGAGGAAUCAGGAUCAGUGCCAUAACUAAGUCAGGAUCGUGCCAUACGAAGUGACUGUGGCUAAGUGUCUAACUCAAUAAUGUCAAAAAAAUUAAAAAUAUUAACGUUUUUAAAAUUUAAACAAGUUAAAUUUUAGUGAAUGCAGUAUAUAAAAUACUAUU